AUUAAAAAUAAAUGAUAAAGUAAUCACACUCCACGUAUGCUGUAAUUUGUUUGGUGGCAUUCUCUUAAGGAGUAAUUAACCUAUCAGAGUUGGCUAUUUCGUACUUGCUAAAGGAGGAUUACGGAAUGAACCCAACAGAAAUGACAUACAUAUAAGGCAUUAUUAGCAUACCUUGGGUAAUAAAACCACUAUGGGGUCUUUGUACAGAUUUGCUACCAAUUUUCAGUUACCGUAGAAAGAGCUAUCUCUUCAUAUUUGGUCUUAUGGGGUUUGUGUUAUUUUAUGCUCUUUCCAUUUAUGGGACAAAGGAUGCAUUAACAGGUGUCACUAUUUUAUUGAGCAUUCAAAUUUGUAUAGCAUUUUGUAAUGUUGUUGCAGGUAUUACUAUUUUACAAUUUAGAGGCUCUAUUAGUUGAAAUUUCGACAGGCAAUGAUAGUUCAACCAACAAUGUCAGUUUAUUUUUUGGUUUUAAAGCUUUUGGAACCCUCAUGACCAGUUAUCUUAGUGGUUAUUCUUUAAAAUAUUUGCAGAAAUAAUAAAGUAUUUACAAUAAUUAUUUUAGUUUUUAGAAUUACUUCCAUAUUUCCUUUGAUUAUUGCUGGAGCAUCUUUAUUUUUAAAUGAAGGCUAACAUAAAGAUACAGAUAUUAAGAAGUAAUUAUAAGAAUUACAUCGAUUCUUGAACAUCAAAGCUAUAUAUAAACCAAUUGUAUUUAUUUUUUGCUUUAUGUUGUAACCAUCAACUACAACAGCAAUGUUUUAUUUUUAAACAGUCUAUUUACAUUACACAGCAGAAUUUUUGGGUAAGAUUAAAUUCCUAUUUGCAUUGGCAAAUAUGACAGCUGUAAGUGUAUUUAAUAGAUAUUUAAAAAACUAUUCAUUUAAAUCUGUAUUCUUUGUAACAACAUUAACCUAUAGUGUUGUGAAUUCAUUACAGAUUUUGUAAGUCACAAGAAGAAACAUAGAUUUAGGAAUAAGAGACGAGGUAUUUUCUCUAUGCGAUACUUUACUUAUGCAAUUAGUAGCUGAAUUAAAUAUGCUACCAAUUUUAGUGUUAGCAUGCAAGAUUUGUCCAUCUAAAAUAGAAGGUACAAUGUAUGCAUUAUUAAUGUCUACAAUUAAUCUAGGAUAAUUGGUAGCUAGAUAAAUUGGAGGAAUUUUGAUGUACUUUUUGAGUAUAAAAUAUGAUAAUUUACAAUAGAUAUAAAUGAAGCUUCAUUUGAAAAUUUGUGGAUAAUGAUAACAAUGACAAGUGUGUAUAUUUUGAUAUUGUUGCCAUUUCUAUCAAUUAUCAAGGAAAAGGAGAUGAUUGAAUCUAAAGAUAUGUACAACAAACAAGAUUUUGAUGAACAAAAUAUUCUUGAAAAAGGAUACGAGAGAUUAAGUUUAUCAUUUGUGGAUAGUUGAUAUUUUUAUAUUA